AUGUUGGUUUCAAGAGCUUGGUCGAAAAUAGUUGUAAGAUUUUUAUACAAGAAUCCUUUUAAACUGAUAUACAUUCACAAAGAAGCUUGUAAUUGUCAAAACGAAGAAGAAGGAAUUUACCAAAAAAGGUGUUUGAAAGCCUACAAUCUGUUUAAUACGUUUAUGAAAUGUGUUAUUGUUGAAUAUUAUAAAGAAUUAGUAGAAAACAAAGUUAUUGGUGGCAAUUAUGAUAACAACGAUUUGGAGAGACCUAUAUUUUCAUAUCAAAGAUUUAUUAGAAAUUUAGAUUUUAAUUAUCUAUUUCUAGCGGUUAAUGAUAUUUACAGGCAAGUAAUAUUUUUACAAAAACCAAGUUCAAAAACUAAGACUAAAAAAAAAGUUCCCAAGAGAAGACAUCGUCAUAGAUUUAAUCGUAACAACAGCGGCAGUGGUGGUGGUAUUGUCAAAUAUCCACCAAAUCCACAAUAUUCAUUAUCACAGUAUUGUGAUCAUAAAUUCGAAUACUUGGAACAUGGGAGGCAUCAUAUAGCUUUAUUACUUUGUCAAUUUUUUGCAAGGGAAUGUUGUCAUGUUAACAGUUUGGACAUCAAUAUGGAUUUUGAAGAUAAUGCUAGUAUUAUUGACUCUGUUGAUAAAUUUUAUUACUGUAAAGAUUUACAAUCAGGAAAAAAUCCAUUUUAUUCUUUAAGAUAUAUUAAUUUAGAUGAAUAUUUUAUGAUGCCAAGUUAUCACUUUGAUAAUAAUUACAAUAAUAGUCUAAAGUAUUUGACAGAAUUUAUAUGUACAACAAAAUUUAGAAAAUCAAGCCUAUUUGUUUUACUUUCUGAAGUAUCAAGAAAUAUUAAAACUAUAAUAGUAAAUAUAGGUAUAGGAUCAGAGCUUAGCCAUAUUCACAGAUUUCCAUUACAUGCAAUAAAUAACGAGAGAAAUUUUAUGGAAAAAGAAGCAGAAUGUCUGGCAAAAUUAAUUAAAUCACAAAAGAAUUUAAUUAAUUUUGAGUUACAUAAAUGUAGUGAAGGAUUAAUUCGUGUAUUGGCAGCACUUAAAUCUCAGUUAAAUACUUUGAAAUCUUUAAAAUUAGUUAAAGUUAAUUUAUCAUCUGAUGAUGAUAAAUUAUUAGAUUAUUUCAAUAGUAACGAUUACCAAUUCUUCGAACUUGAGUCACUUCAUUUGGAUGAAUCAACAAUAAAUUAUAAUUUACUGGAAGUAAUUUUACAAAAUUGUUCAAAAGAAAAAUUAAAAAAAAUUCAUACAUGA